GCGCGGCGCGGGCCGGCCCCGCUACCCGGGCUACCGCGGCUGGGCCUGGCCUUGGCCCUGCUGGUCGCGCUGCUGGCCGCGAAGCACUACCGGGACUCCGAGGCGGCGCGGCGGCAGGAGAUGGCCCUGAAUUCUCUGGGGAAUGAAGGCUUUUUUCUGUUCUCUUCCCUGGAUAUAAACAAUGACCUGUACAUCAGUCCUGAGGAAUUCAAGCCGAUUGCAGAGAAACUCGCCGGCAUUGUCCCUGUCUCUAACAUUGAAGAGGAAGAGGUGCUGGAUCCCAGUGGAGAGACCCUGACUAUCUUUGCAAAAUUCCAACCCCUGCUAAUGGAAACAAUGACAAAGAGCAAGGAUGGUUUCCUUGGAAUUUCCCACUUUGCCCUUUCUGGGCUUCGAAACUGGACAGCUCCAGCUUCCCCUCUAAGUGUAAUGUUUGCCCAGCAAUUCAAGGCCUUCCUUCCCCCAAAGAAUAAACUGGAUCCUGGUGAUCUGUGGUGGGUAAUUCCCAGUGAACUAAACAUCUUUACUGGAUACCUUCCCAAUAACCGUUUUUACCCUCCAGCUCCUAAAGGCAAAGAGAUCAUCAUCCACAAGCUCUUGAGUAUGUUCCACCCACGACCGUUCGUGAAGACGCGCUUUGCUCCUCAGGGAGCUGUUGCCUGCAUUCAAGCGGUUGCAGAUUUCUACUACAAGAUAGCCUUCAGAAUCCAUGCAGAGUUUCAGCUGAAUGAGCCUCCGGAUUUCCCCUUCUGGUUUUCUCCUGCACAGUUCACAGGCUAUGUUAUCCUGUCCAAGGACUCCUCCCAUGUGCGAGAAUUCAAGCUGUUUGUCCCUAACAGCAGGUCCCUGAAUGUAGACAUGGAAUGGCUGUACGGAACUCUAGAGGGCAGCAACAUGGAGGUGGACAUUGGAUACCUGCCUCAGAUGGAGCUGGAGUCUUUGGGACCAUCCAUCCCUUCUGUGAUUCAUGAUGAAAAUGGGAAUGUGAUUGACAGCAGAGAAGAAGGCCCAAUUCAGUUCAUAUUUGAAGAGAUUGCCUGGCAACGAGAAAUAAGCUGGGAAGAAGCAGCUGGCAAACUGGAAGUUGCCAUGUAUCCCUUUAAGAAAGUGUCCUACCUUCCCUUCACCCAAGCCUUUGAGAGGGCCAAAUCUGAGAGUAAACUUGUGCAUUCCAUAUUGCUGUGGGGUGCGCUGGACGAUCAGUCCUGCUGAGGUUCGGGGCGAACUCUCCGGGAAACAGUCCUGGAAAGUUCGCCCAUCCUUGCUUUCCUGAACGAGAAUUUCAUCAGUACCUGGUCAUUGGUCAAGGAGCUGGAGGAUUUACAGGCAAAGAGAGAGAAUGAAGUCAACAGUAAACUUGCCAAGCUGCACCUCGAAAAAUACAAUUUCCCUGUGGAGAUAAUGAUCUGCCUGCCCAAUGGAACUGUGGUCCAUCAUAUCAAUGCCAACUACUUCCUGGAUAUUACUUCUGUGAAGCCUGAAGAGGACGAGAGCAGGAUCUUUAGUUUCUCCACCAGUUUUGAAGAUCCCUCAACAGCAACCUACCUCCAAUUCCUGAAGGAAGGACUUCAAAAAGCAAAGCCAUUCCUGCAAGCCUAAAUAGAGAGGCAAAUUAAUUUCUUGCUGUUGACUCCAAAGAUAUAAGAGUUCUUUUUCCUGGCACUCCUUGAGCUCAGGCAUGACGAAGUAUUGAAUGGUAAAUACUGUCCUUGAAUGCAAGGGCUCUAGACACAUAAGUGGCCCUUGAAAAUACCAAGCUGUAGUAUCUGUAUUACUAAUUAUUGUCAGCACCACUCUUGCAAGGAGCUGAACAUGCAAUUCUCUUACUUACUGGCACAUUGUUAGAUUGUUCUGAAGUAAGUCAUCAAGUGGCCAGCUCAGGAUGGUGCAGCACAAAUCUCUAAGACAGUCUUUGGUAUAAGGCCAGCAAGUUAGAUCUCAAGUCAAGUCUAAAUUCCUUUGUUGUGGAUCCCCAUGGUAAGAUGUUUGGGAACUGCUUUGUUGAUUCAUGAAGGGGAUGCCAUCUUUUUGUAUCAGCCCUGGAGCCAGCUCCCUUUCAAGACAUUAAAUUGUUCAUAUGUAGUAAAAGCUUCACAUUUAAGAACAUCUGUGCUGCAUCUGACUUCAGGUAACUGCAGUAGGCCCCAUGUAAACUUCAGGAUCAGAAUCCAUGUGGAUGAUGUAAGACAAAACCUGUGUUACACUCACUCCCACUGAGGUCCGCAGGACGACUUAGAUGGUGCCAUUACAUGGCAUGAAGCAGAGGACCCUUUACUGAAACAUCUUGGCCACUAAAGGCUCUGGUUUUUUCCUCUUCAUUUUUAGCUAUUCCUUAGAGAGGCAGAUUUAGCCCUGGAUCAAACGGUUGCUGGCCCUUAGUAUACGUUGAUCAAUUUCACCCCAGUUUUCAAAUAUCAGUUCUAAUGUUUUAAAGCACAGAAACAGUCUUCCCUGAUCGGUGCCUUCCACAAAUGUUGAACUGUGACGUCCGUCGUCCAUCACCACAAGGUGAUUUUGGUCCAACAUGUCUCGAGGGUGUCAGGCUGAGGAAAGCCGACGUGCAACGUAAGUGGAAGGGCUGCAUCCCAACACUGCAUUUCUCAGAGAUCGUGUCACUCGGAUAAUAUUCAUGGAUAGUUUUACAUGACUCGUUUUUCCCAACAGAUUUUUCUUCACUUUCAGUGAACUGAUUGAGUUCAUUAUUCCCACACUCCAGGAAUUUCUCACAGCCUGUGGAAUGUCCUCCAAAUGGAGCUAUUCAUUCCAUGUGACCAUUUUUUCUAUUUUGUAAAUUUUUGUUUAGCCUAAAAUAAAAACCCCUUUCAUAUUCAAGCAGACUCAUCCCAAAAGACUGCAAUACAUUGCGAUACAUGAAUCCGAUAAACCUCAUUUCUAUGCACUCAUUCUAAUACCCCUUGACAGUGUAUCUCCAGCCCCGCUCCCUUCGGUUGAAGUUGCUCUUUGCUCGUGGCCCUCCUAGCUUAUCACCAACAGUUUGUUCUGCAGUUGAACGUGUGCAGGAUUUGUGGACUGGGCUAUCAAUCCAGCAUGGAGGAGGAAAACCACAGGACACCCCUGAUGUCUCUCCUAAAAGUUCUAUCCUAAAAGUCUCUAUACAGAGAACUAUAAUUAGAACAAAGCAGCCCUGUUUCCUUUAUCUCGUUCUCCCUGAAUCAGACUGGGGCAAUGGGAUGCUGCCACCCCAGCAGACUGGGGAAGGGCUGUAGGUCCGUUCUGAAGCACCUGCUUUACAGGUUUAGUGCCUGGCAUCUCUAAUCAAAGAGCAUCCCAGCUAACUGGUGGUAAGAAUGAUCCUUCUCUGCCUGAGACUCUGGAAAGCUGUUGCCAGUCAGACAGCACUGGGCUGCAUAGACAAAUUGCCUGGCCGUGAGUAAGGCCACUUCCUGUCUGAUACAGAUCAGGGAGGGUCUUCUGCUCAAAAACAUUCAUUGCAGUCAAGUCUCAGGUAGGACUGUGGGGGCCACAGGGCCCUUCUGCUUUACUGCACUGUUCUUCAAGGAACUUUAUGCUUCCCUUUAGGUUACUCACACCCUCAACUUUGAGGACCAUGCCCAGUUUUCACACACCUGCACAUCCUUAUAGGGUGGAGACACAAGGGAUAAAAACGGGCAAGAAGGGACAGAAAGCAAAAUGAGAGCACAGGACGAACGUUUGGUUAAGAGCAGCAGGGAGGCGGAGGAGAAAUAAUUCAGCCAAGUGCAGUCAGGUCACAUGGUUUUUACAGUUGCGUUCAGAAUUUGUAACAUGGCCCCAUGAAAUGGAGAUGUGUGCACAUGGCAGAUGCAUGUUUACAGCUGCAUGUACGAUACAAGUGCUAAAAAUAGCCACAGCUGCCUAGCACAAGCUGUUUCCUUCCGAAAUCAGCAAAGGAAAUUCCUGUACAUACUUCCUUAGCUGCUCUUCUGUACUCAUGCCUGCAGCUUCCCAUUAUUUCUAGUUAAUAGACACUUGAAUCCAUAGGGCCAGAUUAAACUGUUAUGCUGCUGAUAUGUACAUAGAGAAAGAUCAGAUUUAAAUGCUUUUGUAUUCCAAAGCCAAUUUUUCUGUGUAGUAGUCAGUGUAUAUGAUAUGUAGCCCAACCCUAUGCCUGUCUAUUCAGAUGUAGCAUUCAGUGGACAUACUCCCAAGCAAAGGGUGGAGGACUGCAGCCUUAGGGCAAUGCUUUGCCUGGCUAUUCAGAAUUAGAUUUCAGGGUUUGGUGGGUCUUACUCCUUAAUAAGUAUGGGAGCCUUAUGGCAGUACAGACAAGGAAGUGGGGAAAGGGCUCUCUUCGCAAACGCUUCCAGAGGCUGGCAAAUUAUAUCCAGCACUCUGUUCACAAGGUGGCCAACCCGUUGCCUGCAGGAAAUCCGCAAGCAGAAUAUGAGCACAAUAGCAUUUUCCUGUCCAUGGAACCAGGAAUUUGGGGUUCUUCAACAUGAAAAUCAGGAAAAGUAGGGAAGAAAUCUGAAGGGCUUAUUAGGCAGUGUUGUUAUAGGGCCAAGUGGGCACUCCAUAUGAACAGGGCACACACCUAAGAACUUCAAAGAGCAGUGAGUUCAAGCUGCAAUCUUCAAAAGCAAUGGCUACAAGCUUGCACAAGAUUUGAUAGGCUCUAGGGUUGCAUCACCCUAAUUCUCCUUAAUUAAGCAAACAAAAAUCAUGACCACAGAAGAAUUAUACAUCUUUAAGGCCAGCACUGAUGAAAUCGCAAUUGUGAAUGAUUUUGCAGUUACCCAUUCGAAGGGAGACUGCAGCCAAGAAAUAAGAAGAUGAUUGAGACUUGGAAGAACAGUAAUGCAGGAACUAAAAACAAUACUCAAGUGUAAGGAUGUUUCACUGGAGACCAAGGCUAAGCCCAUCCACCCUAUUGCAUCCCUGAUUACUGUGCAUGGGUGUGAAAGCUGCACAGGGAAGAAAACUGAUCCAUUUGAAACAUGAUGCUGGAGGAGAGAAUUGUGAACACCCUGGACCAACAGAAAGACAAGUAGGUCCUAGAUUAAAUCAAGCCAGAACUUACCCUGGAAGCAAACAUGACAAAAUGGAAAGUGUCAUACUUUGGACACAUCAUGAGAAGGCAAGACUUUCUGGAGAAACAAUCAUGCAGCGGAAAGCCGAUGAGAGAAGAAGAAAAGUAAGAUCGACUAUGAAAUGGACCAGUUCCAUAAGGGAAGUCACAUCCCUGAGUUUGCAAAAAUUGAACAGGGCUUUGAAGGACAAUACAUUUUGGAGGGCUUUCAUUCACAGGGUCACCAUAUAUCUGAGAUUACUUGACUGCACAUCAUAAUAAUUCUUCAGCCAUGAAAUGUCAGUACUGCAAACACUGCUUGCAAGUUUGGAACAUUCUGAUAUUUUCCUCUGGCUAGAUUUUUUUUUAGCUCCUUCUAAAAUGCCCAGUAUAUUUAAAACAAGCAAAUGAAUGAAGAAUCCUUAAGAACAUACACAGUCCAAACUGUGAACUUGAAAAAUUAUACUUUAGACGGACACAUGGGAAGACACGUUAGGAAACAGUUGGUCUUUUCCUCCAUCUGCUGUUGAUUUUAAAAUCCUUACCUUCCCCAUGAAUGUUUUAGACCUCUAGCAACUCAAUUGUAGGACUCUUGCUAGCUGUGGAGGACAAAAGCCAUCAGAAGCAGUCACUUGGUAGAGCCAGUCAAGGUGUCUGACAAUAUUUUCCUGGAAGCACAGCUUGUUUCUCCAUUCAUUUGAUGGACGACAAUUUAUUGAAGAAUACCUUUCAACGGUGGCUCCUUUCUCCCUCUUCCCGUUUCCUUAUUUCCCAGCAUUAAUUUUACUCCCAAACUUCCCCCACCUUAUAUGAAAUUUGCAUUUCAUCAGGGACUGUCACACCAGCCUAUAUGUGUAUUAAAGAAUUCAAUUCAGCAGGUUUUGGUGGGGUUUGCAAGAGGUAUUCAUAUCCCUCAACAGUGUUUAAUCGCCUUCUGCCACUAGUUAAACAUCAGCAUUUCUGGAUUGAAAAGAGCACAUUAUGCUUAGGCCAGGCUUUUCAGCAAAUGUUAAGAGUAGACUGAAUGCUUUUCAGCUGAUGUUCAGCAGGCAGCCUGCUUCGUAACACUGAAUUACUUUAGAACCAGCCUCAAGAGCAUUUACGGAAGGUUCUGAGUAGGCAGGUUCUGUGGUUUUAUUAAUUUGUCUUAAUUAAUGUAAGAAAUUAUUUUAAUCAUUAAUUUUUGUAAUUAUUAGCAAAUGCCCCAGUGGGGAAGAUUUAACUAUCCCCAUUAUUUGGGUGGACUCUGAGGGAUGGUGGAGGACAGGAGAGCCUGGAGGAAUGUUGUCCAUGGGGUCCUGAUGGGUUGGGCACGACUUUGCGACUAACAACAACUAUUUGGUUUCAGUACCUGUAUAUUUUCCACUGUGAGACACAUGGGAAUUGGGAUUUGGGGAAUUAUAUACCAGGAACCCUGUACAGAGAAAGGGGUUAGCCUCCUACCCUGGUGGGUAGAAACCUUCCAACAGGACUUCCCUUUCAUCUCCUAUCCACAGCAGCUCAUGACUCGCACUUCAGAUCUGCUUCAAUGGGCCCACCAACAGAUGUGGGGAAAUGCCUUCUGCUAGCCAUUUCUUCCCCACGAUCAGAUGACCAUUGUUGGACCUGGCUCUUUUCAACGCCUUAUCACAUCAUCUGGAAGGCUACAGGUUGUCCAAUCGUGAAUUAAAGUUUACUUCAAUUGAAAUCAAUUGGUCUAUCUAAAUAAAAUUUGGAUCCUGCUUAUUGUCUGAAUAUAGUGCUUGGGCUUCUGAGUAUUCUAAUUCUCAAGCCUGUCCCCUAAAAUUGCAUUUAUGCUAAUAACCCUCAGUGUUUUGUGACAAUGAAAUCCAUGGAUAUUAAAGUAAUUUAAUGCCUAUGAUAAUGGGACCAUAAAAAUUAGAAUGAGCAAGUGACCCCCCCUUUCACUGAGCCAUUUCUCUUGUUUUGAGAGUAGUUGUUGCUGUUGUUUUUAAUUUUCACAGACAUAAAUGAAUGCUGUGCUUUUUCCAUGUUUUAAUUUAAAAGAAAAACUAGUUAAAUUACUAGAGCAAAUUGGUAAUUUAAGGAUAAAUUAAAUAUAUGGUGACAGGCUCUUUCACAGCUCUCAGAAGGGAAUGAUAAAACAUUUGCUCUUAUUGUCAAGCUGUUUACUGGCCUUUCCCAGGCACUGUGGGGUUUACAAAGUAGGACUACAGACACGGAUGAACUCAUGGGACCAGGAGAUGUUUCCCCCAGCAAGUGUUUCUUCUGUAGAGGAAUGACUACUUCUCAGCAUUCCUAACCACCAAAUGCUGGAAAACAGCAACCCGAGACUGUCGCACCUGCGUAGAUGUAGGACACAUGGUUCAUUUAGUCCAGUCCUAUCGACUCUAGACUGGUAGCACCUCACAAGACCCACAAUAAAUGAGCCAAUGGUUUGCCACCCAAGAUCCUUUUUAUCCAUAGGGGCUUGUGAUAGGGCUUAAGACUACGUUGCGUGCAAAGCUCUGGAAAUUGACUCCUCUUUUGCUGUAGUAAUGGAGGUUGUGCUAGUUUCACAUGCACUGACUGGGCCAGGCUUUUCACAUGACCAUCCUCUCUCCCCCUCAUGCAGAUAAUGCAUAGGUAUUUUGCAUAUUUAUUGUUCGCAAUGUGAUUAUCUGGCUAUCUGCUUUAACAUCCCUGACAUUGAAGUGAGAGUUUUCUCCCUACCUGGUAAGCCCUGUUGUGUUUACUUGAAGUUUUCGUGUUCUUGUGGAAGCGCUUUCUCAAUCAGUAUUAGGAAGUGCUAGGGACCUCUUGCCCCUUUCAAAAGGCCAACCUGACCCUCCCUGCUUGCGCUGGCUUGCUCAAAACCACUACUUGCAACUCUAAGCGAUCUGAGAAGUACUUUAAAGGCUGCAGUCCUAAACCCACCUAAAUCUGAGUAUAUGCUCCACUGAAGUUAAUAGGACUAGUUUCUGUAGAGACACAUGCAAGAUUGCAGUGGAAAAGCACUAAUGGGCCUCUUGUGUGACCACUUCAUCUCUUCUUGUUUCGAGCCAUGGACUUAAAAAAAGUGUUGUUGUCUUAACUUUUUAAAAAAUGUGCCAAGCUUUUCCUAUUUAUAUUCUAUCUAUAUUUCAAGAACUUUAUAGAUAAUUUUGAUAACUCCAAAGGGAAAAAAAACAGAAAGUGUUGCUUUUUUCUUUGUUCAUCUGUUCUUUGUGAUGGCCUGGCCUCAAACCAGAAAUGGGUCAUGCUUGAUUUCUGACAGGUGACUGCUGGAGAAAAACAACCCUUUCCUUUCAUUCUCUUUGUUUUUUAACAGUUACAGUUUAUUUUUUUGCUAAGUGUUUAUUUUCUAGGGGCAGUUUGAUGUAAAGUGUGAGUUUUUGAUGCUGUAUGUCAUCUGUUACGUUAAGAAAGUUGUAUUAGAAGAGGUUUACUGGACACUUGUUGUUGUGGCAUGGAAGAGAUUUUAAUGAUUACCUAAAAUGCAGAAAACAUGUAGUCUGCAAUACGAUUUACUUGUGUUACAAAUAAGUCAUUUAUUUAUUAUCUUAACCUCCAUUAUGUCCACUCCAAACGUUUCCUGCUCAUUUUAAAACUGAACAGAUGUAUUUGAGUAUGAUGAACCUUAUGCAGGACAAUGUAAAAGACAUGAUUAAAUAUUUAAGUCUCAUUUCACUAAUGUAAAUCUCCCUGUGGUAAUAUACCAUCCAGUUUAGCUAGCAUUAGCUCCAUGUUUUAGCAAAAUUCCUAGUAUAUUCUUGUAUGAAAAGUCCUCAAUACUGCCUCCUAUAGUAGUAGUAGUUUUUAGUAAUAAAACAUGGAGAACCCAAAUGUUUGCAUUUUAUACUUUGACAGAAUAUCAAUAUAGAUUAGAUUUGAAAAGUAAAAAGGGAAUGGCAAAAUUCCAAUGUUAGUAUGCAGUGAAAGAUAUAUUUUUAGCAUUCAAUAAAAGUUAUUUGUGA